GAUGUUUUAAACAAAAACUUCACCUAACCUUUAAUAGAAGUAUUCUGAGGCUGAUUUUGAAGAAGAAAGACAUUUGUUUGUUUUAAAUUAAGAACAAACUUUAUGAA